AUGAUGCUCGCCGCGGCGCACACGGAACCGGGGAACGCCCUGUCUUUCCCGACGUGGAUGGUGCACGUGUCGAGCUUGAUCGAGUGGCUCGCUGCCAUGACCUACGUUUGGAGGUUCGCGGACGUGUCCGGCCUUAAGGAGUGGAAGGGGUUAACGUGGGGCAUGCUGCCCCUACACACGAGCGGUCUGAUCGCUUGCACGUACCACAUCUUCUACAACGCCCCCGAGCUUAUCUCGCUUGUGGCGAUGCAGGCGGGGCUGACGUGCUUCGGGAACGCUACGAUGGCGUUCGCUACGUGGAGAGUCUGGCAGGCGGGGAAGCAGGAGUGGAGGGGAGACGAGGUGGAGGAGGCGGAAGCGGCGGCGGCGGCGGCGGCGGCGGCCAGCGAGGGGGAGGCCUCAUCGUCCCUUGGUGACGAUGUUCCCUUCUACGGCCAGGUACUGGCGAUCACGGUGGUCGGAGCGGCGCUGGUCAAGUGGGGGGAGCUCUACCUCGACUUCCCGUUCCAACCGUCGUACGCCGCGGCCGCCGCGCUUAUCCUUGGCCCAACCGCCCUCAACGCCAAGAAGUGGGCAGAUAGGAGCAAGGAUCCCUCCGCUGCGAUCGAGGGCAUCAUCUGA